GAUAAGAUGCGAUAAUAUAUAUAUUGUACGAUAAAAAUAAUUAACGACAGCAUCUGAUUCGUUACGCGAAUCAUUUUAGCUAUCAGUUGUUGUUGAGAAGUCGGCAAGACCGAAGUUAGUUACUGUGUACUUCCUGAAGAAAAUAAGCCGUAAUGGAUACCAUACUUCUCUCUUUACUGCUCGGAGGGCUCAUCGUAGCAUGCGUAUUUUACCUUUAUCUAACCAGAAAUUAUAAUUAUUGGCGCAAUCAUGGCGUUCCGUGCGCGAAGGGAGUUCUCCCCGUGUUCGGCCAUAUGUGGCCAGUGGUGUCUUUGAAGAUGAGCUUAGCUGAUUUUAUUCGACACAUCUACGAGAGUCAUCCGCAACAUAGCAUGGUCGGUUUCUACGAUAAAACACAGCCCGCGCUGGUGUUACGCGACCCGGAAUUGGUGAAAACGGUGAUGCAGUCGAAUUUUGCGAGCUUCUCCGAGAAUAUGCUGAAAGUGGACCCACAUCUCGAUCCUCUCUUCGUGGUGAAUCCCUUCUUUGCCUCCGGCGAGCCGUGGUUCACAUUCCGUAAACGUUUGACUCACGCCUUUACUGGCAAACGGAUCAAAAUGUUGUACACCAGCGUCGAGCAAGUUUGCAACAAGUUCGACGACUACCUAGAUAGAAUACUGAGCGAUAACAACGGCGCGAUGGAGUUCGAGAUGAGGACUCUCUUCUCUAGAUACACUGGCGAGGUGGUGGCCAACGCAAGCCUCGGCAUCGAGGGUUUCUGCUUCGAUGGCGAGAAUCACCCGGCAUCGUUCGUCACGAUGGGAAAAUUGGUAUUCGACCCGACGCCUCUUGGCAAGAUCGUACAGACACUCAACUUCUUCCUGCCCGAGAUCAAUAAGAUCCUGCGGAUGCCGUUCGUGCCUAAGCACGUGGAUCGCUUCUUUCGCAAAAAUGUGAAGGAGGUGCUGCACAUCAGACGACAAGAGAUCGAACGUAGAAACGACUUUUUACAGUUGAUGGUGGACCUGGAGAAAACUGAAGGCAAGCAGAUCGAUGAGGGUCUCCUCGCGGCCCACGCUUUCUCCUUCUUUGCCGACGGUUACGACACGUCCAGUAUUACUUUGAGCUUCAUCUCUUAUCAGCUUGCCCGACAUCCACUCAUCCAACAACGCCUUCGCGACGAAGUGGAAACCGUAUUCAGCAAGUACGACGGGCAAUUGACUUACGAGGCGCUCAAGGAGAUGACGUAUAUGGAUCAGGUGAUCAGUGAGUCGCAGAGAUGCUACACCUCGGGUGGUGCCAUGGCCAAAGUCUGCACCGAGGAGUUUGAGCUGACGGGCUCGGACGGACUACAUUAUCGUGUGAAACCGGGAACGAAGAUUCUCAUCUCUGUCUUCGGAUUGCACAGAGAUCCGAAGUACUGGCCCGAUGCAAACACUUACGAUCCCGAGCGAUUUGCCGCGGAUAGAACGGCGAUGAUCAAGAAGUUCACCUUCCUGCCGUUCGGCGAGGGACCGAGAAUCUGCGUGGGCAUGAGGAUGGCAUUACUGCAAGUAAAAGCUUGCUUGGCGACUUUCAUAAGAAAAUAUGCUCUGGAGAUUUCGCCGAAGACCCAGGAGCCAUUGAAGAUGCAGCCUGGCAGUUUUCUGACAGCAGUCAUUGGCGGGAUAUGGGUUUCUGUCAAGCGUAUUUAACGUUAAAUUAAAGAAAAGAGUUAGUUAAAAUAUAAAUUUGUAUCGACAGAUGUAGAGUUGGUUGGUUAUUACCAGUUUAUAAUGCUUAUUUUUACUGUCGGAUACUCCGUUUGUUCUUGUAAAAAUUAAACAUUCAUAAUAGAGCUCGAAUUGAAAUAUUUAAUCUCCACGUGUGCAUUGCUCGCGUAGAAAAUAAUAUUCGUUUGAAAUUACGACGGAAAAAUUAUUUGAUAGUCUUUUAAUAAUCCUUAUCCAAUGUCAUGUGUCACGUGUCAUACUGGCAAAGAAAUAUACAUAAAAGUAUAUUCCAAUCCAGUUUUCUG